AUGAGGACUAUUUAUAUCUGCAAAAGUCUUAUCUCUCUUUCUCUCAAGAACACUUCACAUCUAAACAAAACCCCAAUAUCUCUUCUCUCUCUACUCUUCAUCUCUUCCUCUCCAGAAACCCCCAUUACGGUGGCCUAUUACUUGAUUGAUAGACACAAAUUUUCUGUUGAAAUUGCUUUGAAAGUCUCUUCCGUCGUAAAGUAUGUGAAAAGGCCCGAAGAGACCGAUUCGAUUCUUUCAUUUCUCCAGGAAAGUGGUUUUGCGGAUACCCAUCUCGAGCUUCUCAUCAAACGCAUGCCUGAAAUUCUCUCUUCAAAUCUUGAGCGCACCAUCAAACCCAAAUUCAAGUUUUUUCAAGACUUGGGUUUUUCUUCUGGCGAUGUUGUGGAAAUUGUUUCGUCUCACCCAUGGAUUUUAAGUACUAGUGUUGAUAAACGGCUUGGCCCGUCGAUUUUAGUAUUGAAGAGUGUUUUUGGUUCGAAUAUGGAUGUGUAUGGGCUUUUAAAGAGACAUGGGGGGUAUUUGAAGAAUGAUUUGGCGAAAACUAUGCUACCCAAUAUUGAAUUUAUGAAGAAUUGUGGUAUUAGUUUGUCGCAAAUAACCCGAUGUGUCUACAACUGCCCAAGAUUUUUCUUGAAUAAACCGACGAGAAUUAGAGAAAAUGUGAAGAGGGUUGAGGAGUUGGGCUUUGACACGAAGUCUAAGAUGUUUCUUUGUGCAAUUCGGACUAUUAGUUCGAUGAGUAUAGAGAAAUGGGAGUUGAAAUUGGAGGUCUUUAAGAGUUUGGGAUUUUCGGAAGAUGACAUUUUGUCCACUUUUAGGAGACAGCCUCAGGUUUUUGCUGGGUCAGAGAAGAAAAUUAAAGUGAUAACACAGCUUUUACUUAGCACGGGCAAAUGUGAUAUCUCAUAUGUUGUUAAUAACCCAUUCUUUCUUGCCCUCAGUGUUGAGAAUAACCUUAAGCCACGGCUAAGAGUUCUGUAG